AUGAAGAGACUUGCUUCCCAGUUAUCGGCUAUUAGAGGACAAUUACGUCCGAGAAGAGAUAAAUCGAAUAAUAAUCAAGGAAUGAUUAUAUCCUACGACCAAAUCCCAACAGUAUAUCUUCCAAGUUAUGGUAAAGGCAAAAUCGAUGAAGUGUUGGUAUCAGCUAGUUUUGACCAUGAAAGAUUCUUUAAUCAAUUAACAAAAGAGUCAGUGUCUUUAUUGUUGAAUCUGUUCCAUGUACUUCAAGAUAUAUCUAGAAAUGAAGAAAAAUUUGCGUAUGAGGAAGGUAUAAAAUUAGAGUUCCAUAAUCAAUUGGACACAUUACUAAAUCUGUUGCCAUUUGUAGAGUCAAAUUUUUUCAACCAAUCAAAAAUUCCUGUCAUUAAAGUAUUAUUUGAUGAUUUGAGAUGGACAAGAAAUGUAAUCACUAUAACUAAUUUGUUAAUAUUAGAGAGUAGUGAUAACUUUAAAAUUGCUAUCAGAAGAUAUUUCCAAGAAAUAUGGAAACUACAAUUGGCGGGUGGUGCUGAAGAUUUCCUCAGAGAUGUAUUUUCAGCAAUUUUGAAGAUCUGGGAAAUUAAAGUUGUUGAUGCAACAGUAAGAUAA